AUGAAGGCUUUUAAGGCGAAAUGGAAGAAGAUGUUCCUUCCAGAUAAUCAAACCCUCACAGAUUAUGGCAUUGUUGCGUUGUACCUAGUCCGUGGAGGUACAGAAGAAAAGCGCUUGAGCACAUGCGGUAGACUUCAAGACGAAACCCUUUCUCCUAUACCAUUUGAAUAUAAGGAUGCAAUUGCGCUCCUUCUCCUAAAAAAUUUUAAAUUCAAACACCUGGGACUCGAUCACGACCGCAUCCGAAUUCUCGCAGAAACUCGCCCCAGCGACUCAGACCCUUUCAUAACAGUUAUCGAUUUGGACAAAUGA